UCCUGCCCCUGGUUCAUCGCCCGUCCUUGUUGUUCCCUCUCCAGGGCAGCCACAGGAUGAGGAAUCUCCUCCUUGCCGUGCUCCUGGCUUGUGGGCUGCUCCCGGCUGGCACCAGCGUCCUGGAGCUGGAGCGGAUGAUCAGGGUGGCCACGGGGAAGAGCGCCCUGCUGUCCUACAGCUGGUACGGCUGUUUCUGCGGCAUCGGGGGCACCGGGACCCCCGUGGAUCCCACUGACCGGUGCUGCCAAGCCCACGACUGCUGCUACAGGAGGCUGAGGGAGGGCAAGUGCAGCCCCCUGAUCACCCCGUACAGCUUCUCCUCCACCGACGGGCACGUCACCUGCAGUGAUGAGCAGAGCUGGUGCGAGAGAGAGACCUGCCUGUGUGACACCGCGGUGGCCUCGUGCUUCGCGAGCACCCUGCAUUCCUACAACAAUUCCUACCGCUUCUACUUCAAGCUCAAAUGCCAAGGAAGCAAGCUGCAGUGCUGAGGAGGGGGAAUCGGCACAGAGAGUCCCAGAUUUUGGCUGGUUUUUACCCCAGCGAGAAAGGCCUGGGUUGGGGGCUGAGAAAAGGCAGAGCCCCCGAGGCCCCCUGCGAGGUGCUGCUCAGGGUGAGAAGGGCACACACACCAUGGAUGGAGACCCACCAGUUCCUGGAAAGACACACCAGCUUCCUCUUUUUUGUCCCUUCUUCCUCUCUUGAUUUCAUUUCCCUGCAAAGAUAAUAAAGAGAUACA